AUGGACAGUCGCAGCAUCUUAAGAACCCCGAGGGAUCCUCACUUGCAGCAAACCACCUCCGCCUAUCGCGACAUUGUCUCCUCGCUAGUUUCCCCAAAAUCCUUCCUGUUCUCUCAUCCCCGCCCCAAACCCUCGCCUGCCUCGCCCGGCCACUCAUCGACAAUGGACAAGGCCCAACAACCCAGCUCGUUCCAGCAGCUGGAAAAGCUCGGAGAAGGAACUUAUGCUACUGUGUUUAAAGGUCGGAACCGCCAAACCGGAGAAUUGGUGGCCCUGAAAGAAAUCCAUCUCGACUCCGAAGAAGGAACGCCGUCGACCGCCAUCCGAGAGAUCUCGUUAAUGAAAGAGCUCAAGCAUGAGAGCAUCGUUUCGCUCUACGAUGUGAUCCAUACGGAAAACAAGCUCAUGCUGGUCUUCGAAUACAUGGACAAGGAUCUGAAGAAAUACAUGGACACCCGUAACGAUCGGGGCAGCAUGGACCAGGCGACCAUCAAGUCGUUCAUGCACCAGCUGCUGAAGGGAAUCGCCUUCUGUCAUGAGAACCGAGUGCUUCAUCGUGACCUCAAGCCGCAGAACCUCUUGAUCAAUAAGAAGGGGCAGCUGAAACUGGGAGACUUCGGUCUUGCUCGCGCGUUUGGAAUUCCUGUGAACACGUUCUCCAAUGAGGUGGUGACCCUAUGGUAUCGGGCCCCGGAUGUCCUCUUGGGUAGCAGGACAUACAACACGAGCAUCGACAUCUGGUCUGCUGGGUGUAUCAUGGCAGAACUGUACACCAGCCGUCCGUUGUUCCCGGGAACCACGAACGAGGAUCAGUUGCAGAAGAUUUUCCGUCUGAUGGGCACGCCCUCGGAGCGCUCGUGGCCGGGCAUCUCUCAGCUUCCGGAGUAUAAACCGAACUUCCAUGUCUAUGCCACACAGGACCUGGGCAUAAUUCUGCCGCAGAUCGAUCCCUUGGGACUUGAUCUGCUGAACCGGAUGCUACAACUGCGGCCCGAGAUGCGAGUCAGCGCGCACGAAGCCCUACAGCACCCGUGGUUCCACGACCUGCCUCAGCUGCAGGCUCAGUUGCAGCAGCAACAACAACAGCAGCAGCAACAGCAACAGAUGGCCGGAGCGUACGGUGGAAUGGUCCCACAACAACAGGCAUAUUAG